AAAGCCAAGCCCGAAUGAACGGAUUUUUUACGUACAUACUUGCCGCCCAAUUUUAGCGCACACCGCCGGGCGCUGAUGUUGAAGUGGCAGAAAACAGUAAACCUUGGUUCUUCUGGCGUGACCACAAUCACCCAGCCCACGGGUUGGCCUAAAUUCAGUCACAAACGGUGUUUUUAUCAGGUUUCUGCCUCACAGGGACAAUCGGCUUGGCAAAAGGGCCCGCGGCAUGUGGGUAACAUCAGCCACCGGGCCCUUGAAACACCACUCUUCCCGCCAUCAAAAAGGAGAGCUGUGCUGACAAUGACACGCUCCUCCCUGUGGCCCAUCCCCUUUGGUUUCUCCACGGCGCACGCGGCGUUGAUGCAGAUCACUUAAGUAAAGCUUCUCGACCAGGCUCGUCCUGCCGACUUCCCCCCUCCGCCCCCGCCAUGGGCGCUUCCAACAUCAUAUUCUCCAUCUUUUCACUUCUUGGUUUUGUAUUAAUAGCGCCUCAAGCUUUAUGCCGUUAUGAAUCAUGGAACACUGGCUCGGUUUUGUACAUUGGUUGGACGAGUGUGAUGUGCAUCACGCUCGGGAUCAACGCCAUCAUAUGGAAUGGCAACUACACGGACUGGUCGCCGAUCUGGUGUGAUAUCUCAUCGCGAAUCAUCAUAGCUGGUCUAGUCGGGAUACCAGCCUCCACUCUCUGCAUCAAUCGCCGACUAUACCAGAUCCUAUCCCUGCAGUAUCGUCGGAGGCCGGCUCUGAACGUGGUGUGCGACCUGUGCAUCGGCCUUGGACUUCCUGCUUUGGUCAUCGUUCUAUACUAUACGGUACAGGAGUACCGGUAUCUACUCGUUGAGGACAUCGGUUGCUGGUAUGCCACGGUAGACUGGACUCUGGUGGUACCGCUAAACAUCCUAUGGGCACCCAUGACUACUAUCGCGUCCUUGUCGUACUCUUGUCUCGCCAUUCGUGAAGCUCGCUUCCGGAAGGCAGAGCUCGAGUUUGUCUUAUCAUCCGAAAGCCGAAGUCUGUGCUCGAGACGACUCACUAGGCUCAUCCUCUUGUCGAUCAUCCAAGACGUCUAUCAACUUCUCCUCACCAUUAUAUGUUUCCUCUCUGCCAUCCCCCAAUUCGAUCAUACGCCUUGGCCAGGGUGGGACGCCGCGCAUGAAAACGUUACUCAAGUGUACACUUACAACGCUUCUGCGUGGCAGGAGCUCUGCUGGGACGCUGUUGCACUCUACUCGGCACAAUGGCUAUGGGUUUUUCAUGCUUUCGCUUUCGUCAUACUGGUUGGCUCCGCACGGGAGGCGUACCGAUCGUACGCUCUGCCAUUCACAGUCGCCUUACGUCGUCUGGGCUUGGCUCCGCCGGAGCGCCCACCUGUGACUCCUACCAUCGCCAUCACGAUGGACAAAUUCCCGAAAGGUCAAAAGAUGUACGUCUGGUGUACCUUCCUCUUUUGAUCUUUCCUUGAUCUGAUUCUAUGGGCACAAUCAGACCCAGUUUCCAGGACCUCGCUGACGAUGCUUACCACGACAACGGCGGGCUGACAUGUGCAACGGAAAUGACGGACAUCGCAUAUCUUUCCUUCGGCUCCGUGCGACCACCACAGCAGCAGCCAG